AUGGGAAGAUCAAAAAUCAACAUGGAACUUAUUCAGGAUCACAAGACAAGGAAAUCCACUUUCCAGAAAAGGAAAGCUUGCUUAAUAAAGAAAAUCUCAGAGCUCUCAAUACUUUGUGAUAUCAAAGCAUGCAUGAUAAUAUAUGAAGGUUAUAAUUGUGAAGAAAUUUGGCCAAAUGAUCCAAACGAAGUUCAAGAGCUAAUAAAUCUGUACAAAAACCAACCAAUCGAAGACCGGAGUAAAAGAGAAAACAGCUUGUGUAGCUUCUUGGAAAAUCAAAAGAAAAAGGCUGAGAUUAAAAUGGCAAAGUUGAAGAAAAAAAUCAAGACAGAAAAAUACCCAACUUGGGAUUCAAGAUUCAACUAUUUAUCUGAAAAAGAAUUACGAAAUCUUGCUGGGGUUCUUGAGAAAAAGAUGGAGAAUGCAAAGGGAAAAUCUGAAUUCUUGAAAAGUAGUAGGAAUAUUAAUCAAGAAAUAUGGGACUAUCCUGAAUUAAUGGACAACUUCAACCAAAGUAAUCCACAGCCUAUUUCUUAUAUGGAUAAUCAGUUUUUUCAAGAAUUGACAGCUGAUUUUGAUCAAGUAAUUUCAAGUACUGAUCAUGUGAAUUCAAUGGGAAUUUUGGAUAAUGGGCAGCUUAGUGUUGGUGACUAUCAAUUUGGAAAUUCAGAUUAUAUGAAGAUUGAGGCAGAAGAUUUGUUGGUGAAUAAUGGUAUUAUUGGUUCAAGUUCAAGAAUGCAGCCUGUGGAGUUAAAUCAGUACUCUUUUAUAAGCAGUGGCUCUACCCAAAUGCCUUAUGGAUACUUGCAGUAG